AUACCUCUAUAGGGUUAUACGUUACAUAUGACUCCGCUCUAUAAACCAGAUAAAAGAUUUUAUCUAAAAGUCGGAAUAGUAUCAUUCCUCUUAUUGUAAAUACAUAGAGACACUCCUAGUAACGCACAGUAUUCUGCCUCAAAUGCUAUGGACUUUAAACUUUAAGUAUGAUGGUCUCCCCUCUCUUUCAGAUGGUACAGCCCAGAGAGCUUCCUGUUUACUUCCGCAUUCAAGCACGCCGCGUAGGGAAAGGCGAACGGCAUGGCUUCUAAUGCAAAGCGGAGGGCGCUGGAGCCUGAGCGGCUGCCGGAGAGGAAUGAGGAAGAGGAGGAUGACAUGGAAGGGGACAACUCAGACGAGUCCGAUGAUAUUGAAGAUGAUGAAUCGGAGGAAGAGGAAGAAGUGAACGAGGAAGUUAAUAUAGACUUUGAAGCCUACACAAUUUCUGACACUGAUUCUGAAGGCAUAAAGAAGCUGCUCAAACAGUUGUUCCUGAAAGCCCAUGUGAAUAUCUCCGAGCUAACAGACCUUCUUAUUCAGCAGAAUCACAUUGGCAGCGCCAUUAAGCAAGCCGAGAGCCAGGAGGAUAGUGAUGAUGACGAUGACGAUGACGUAGAUCAUGUCUUUGGCUUUAUAAGUCUUGUGAAUCUUACUGAGAGAAAGGGCACCUCGUGCGUGGAACAGAUUAAAGAGCUGAUUUUGACGCGCUGCGAGGAGAACUGCGAACAGAGCAUGGUUGAACAGUUUGAUAAAGUUCUAAACAACAACAGCAAGCCUGUGGGUUUCCUCCUAAGCGAGAGAUUCAUUAAUGUACCUGCACAGAUUGCUCUGCCCAUGCAUCAGCAGCUUCAGAAAGAAUUGGCAGAUACUCAGAGAACCAAUAAACCAUGCGGGAAGUGUUAUUACUAUUUAAUUCUGAGCAAAACCUUUGUGGAAGCGGCAAAAACAUCCAAGGGGAGAGUUGGCUCCCAGGCCAAGGAAGAGCUGAUGUUUGCCAAUGCAGAAGAUGAGUUUUUCUACGAGAAAGCUCUGCUGAAGUUCAGCUACUCGGUGCAGGAGGAGAGCGACACGCAGCUGGGCGGCCGAUGGUCCUUCUCCGACGUGCCCAUGAAACCCUUGAGGACGGUGAUGUUGGUUCCCGCCGACAGGAUGAAUUCAAUCAUGGACAAGUUCAAAGAAUACCUCUCCGUGUGAACCGUUUCCCUCCAAACAGAACUAUGUACCCGAACGCCGAUAACAUCAUAGAGACUAAUUAAUUUUUAUAAACGUGCGCGUACAAUCGUAGUCAUUCAUUUCAUCUUUUGUAUCCGCUGUCGGCUCCGGCGAGACCACGCAAGGGUUCUGGGAGAUUUCAUUAGUGUAAUUAAAGACAAGGUCCCUUUAGAGCAGGCGUUCAGUCCCCGGCAGGGAGAGAGUACAACACAGGGUUCACUAUAUCAUUUAUUUGAUCAGACACAGGGAGGGGAGGAAAAGGGUUACUCGGAUUCCUAUAACAUUUACAAAAAAAGAAAUCAGUUCAUUAAAGUUUUCCUUUCCUUUUGGA